CGUCCCGGCGAUCACAUGACAGCCGAGCAGUGGAGUCACAGGAUAUUCACGUGAACGUCGAGUACGAAUCACGUUCACUCUGUUGAGCAAACUGUCUACGGACUCAUAGAGAUUCACAGCUCGACAGAAAAACUCUCGACGUCUAGUGCUUCGAUUGAUUUCUGACGGAAGCACAAAAAAAUGUCACUCCCGAAGGUUGCGGACGCGAAGGAGUCGGACUAUGGAUACGUCCAUGCAGUUUCGGGUCCUGUCGUUACGGCCCGAGACAUGGACGGAGCGGCCAUGUACGAAUUGGUUCGGGUCGGACACGACGAACUUGUCGGUGAAAUUAUCAAGCUUGAAGGAGGCAUGGCCACCAUCCAGGUAUACGAAGAAACGUCCGGUGUCACCGUCGGCGAUCCCGUGCUCAGAACGCGCAAACCCCUCUCUGUGGAGUUGGGCCCAGGAAUCAUGAACUCGAUCUUUGACGGUAUCCAGCGUCCUCUGCGAGACAUCGGCGUGCUCACCGACUCGAUCUACAUUCCAAAAGGAGUCAACGUGCCGGCCCUGCCCCGAGACACUCAGUGGGAAUUCAAUCCCGCGAACAUCAAAAUCGGUUCUCACAUGACUGGGGGCGAUGUUUUCGGAACGGUUGUCGAAAACUCGAUGAUCAACCACAAGAUCAUGCUCGAACCCAAAGCCCGUGGAACGGUCACUUACAUCGCGGCUCCGGGCAACUACACAGUCGAAGACGUCGUUCUGGAGACAGAAUUCGACGGAGAGAAGAAGAAGUACACGAUGUUGCAGGUUUGGCCCGUGCGUCAACCUCGACCGACCGCUGAGAAAUUGGCGGCCAACUACCCUCUGCUGACUGGACAAAGAGUUCUAGACUCUCUGUUCCCCUGCGUACAAGGAGGGACCACCGCUAUUCCCGGUGCCUUCGGAUGUGGAAAAACUGUGAUCUCACAGUCGCUGUCCAAGUAUUCUAACUCCGACGCCAUUAUUUACGUCGGUUGCGGAGAGCGUGGAAACGAAAUGGCUGAGGUACUCCGGGAUUUCCCUGAGCUGACGACCGAAGUCGAUGGACAACAGGUGUCCAUCAUGCAGCGUACCGCUCUCGUAGCCAACACCUCGAACAUGCCUGUGGCUGCUCGAGAAGCUUCCAUCUACACAGGUAUCACUCUGUCCGAGUACUUCCGUGAUAUGGGUUACAACGUGGCCAUGAUGGCCGAUUCGACCUCUCGUUGGGCCGAGGCUCUUCGUGAAAUCUCGGGUCGUCUGGCUGAAAUGCCUGCCGAUUCCGGUUAUCCUGCAUAUCUGUCCGCAAGAUUGGCCUCUUUCUACGAACGUUCUGGCCGAGUCAAGUGCCUCGGUAACCCCGAGAGAGAGGGUUCCGUCACCAUCGUCGGAGCCGUAUCUCCUCCCGGAGGAGAUUUCUCCGAUCCCGUCACUUCCGCGACUCUAUCCAUCGUACAGGUGUUCUGGGGUCUGGAUAAAAAACUCGCCCAACGUAAACAUUUCCCCUCGGUCAAUUGGUUGAUCUCGUACUCGAAGUACACCAACGCUUUGGACGAGUAUUACGACAAGCACUACCCUGACUUCACAGCCCUCAGGAAUAAGUGCCAAAGGAUUUUGCAAGAAGAAGAAGAACUGUCAGAAAUUGUGCAGCUGGUCGGAAAAGCAUCUCUUGGUGAGCGGGAGAAGAUCACUCUCGAAGUUGCCAAGUUGAUCAAAGACGAUUUCUUGCAGCAGAACGGGUACACCCCCUACGACAGAUAUUGUCCUUUCUACAAGAGUGUUGGAAUGUUGAGAAACAUGUUGGGCUUCUACGACAUGGCCUGUCAUGCGGUCGACUCAACACAACAAAGCGAGAAUAAGAUCACGUGGAACGUCAUUCGAGAGGCUAUGGGUGAGACCCUGUAUCAACUGACGUCGAUGAAGUUCAAGGACCCGAAAGCCGAGACUCAAGAGAAGAUCCUGAAGGACUACGAAGAGUUGUACGACAACAUGCAGCAAGCAUUCCGCAACCUCGAGGACUAAACUCAAUGAAGUGAAGAAAAAUAUCAAAUCCAGCUCGAUUCACGAAACCAUGUUAUUACCUAUUAAGUUUAGAGUUCCACGGAAGAGCUCUCUGAUUCAAGGCCGCCGAUUUAUUCAAUUGGUAAACAUCAAAUCGAAUAUCGCGACAUGGGGAGCCAGACGUCUUUUCCCUCGAGCUCUGUGACGAGGAGACGUCCUGACCUACAGUAUCAAAUGUUAGAUCGAUAGAUGAAGUUGACAGGAGGAAUACAUCUCACUCUGGUAUAUUACACCGUGUAGCGUCUUCAAGGUCUUCCCCCCGCAAUGUUUUCCCUCGUCUGUUUCCUUUCCGCCCCGGAACGAAUCUGGAAGCGAGAUUCUACGUCGAACUAGUACAAUUGCAAAAGUGUGAAAUGCGUGAUUUUUCCGUUCGGUUAGACAGGUGAUGAUAUCCAAUGGGGCUCGAACCGUUCCAACGUUCGUCGCUACCCUCGAUCGCGUAGCUUUGCUCUCCGAUUCCAUCCAACUCCGGCCUUCCCGUAGGAUGGAUCCCGGCUCUAAACGUAUCAGGCAGGACGCGAGCAAAGGAACUUUGGAACGUCAGGGUCUAGUCAGCAACCGGUAAUGACGAUGUCGUCGUGCUCAGCUUGUGAUUUUGGUAUGAUAAAAAAGUUGAUCGAUAAUAUAUCUCUGAGACAUUCAGCGAUCAGCGGCAAAGCGAUUCGGAACAUCGACUGUGAAAUGCCGAUGAUGAGGUCGCUCUCGCCGGAUGUCGCCGCUAACUUUUCCGAGCCGCCUCGGAUGAGCAGCGAAGCAGCUGGAUAUCCUAAGUUGCACAUUCCUCGUUCGCGGGACGACCGCUGACGGAACCCAUUACUUAGAAGGCUGCCCGGUAUUACCUUCAGUGACAAUUGUAUUCUCCGCUCUGGUUGCGACAGAUUUACCGUUUCGAUUGCGGCAGCGAAACGCGGGUGACUUCACUUUUGUCUCGAGCAAUAUACGAUAUUUCGUAUCAAAGCGUAAGAGAAGUUCCGUCGUUCCUCGAAUGAUUGGUUUUUUGACUGAGUGAGAGAUUGAUAUAGCUGACAUCGAACUAAUAAAAUUAUGUUCUGU